CAGAAGCUACCACCACCUUCAUGACCACACCACUUACAACCACUGAAACCACUGUACCAUCUACAAGUACAGAGGGAACUACAAAAGCUUCAAGCAUCAUAGCAGUUCCCACAUCAACGACAAUAGGAACAACUACAGGCAGCAGUGGUGCAUCUACAACAGAAGCUACCACCACCUUCACGACCACACCAUUUACAACCAUUGCAACCACUCUACCAUCUACAAGUACGGAAGCAACUACAACAGCUUCAAGCACCACAUCAGUUCCCAUAACAGCGGCAAUAGAAACAACUCCAGGCAGCUCAAGUGCAUCUACAACAGAAGCUACCACCACCUUCACAUCCACACAACUUGCAACCACUGAAACUACUGUACCAUCCUCAAGUACAGAGUCAAUUCCAAUAGCAUCAAGCACCACAUCAGUUCCCACAUCAACGACAAUAGAAACAACAACAGGCAGCACAAGUGCAUCUACAACAGAAGCUACCACCACCUUCACGACCACACCACUUACAACCACUGCAACCACUCUACCAUCUACAAGUACGGAAGCAACUACAACAGCUUCAAGCACCACAUCAGUUCCCACAUCAACGACAAUAGAAACAAAUACAGGCAGCACCAGUGCAUCUACAACAGAAGCUACCACCACCUUUACGACCACACAACCUACAACCAAUGAGACUAUUGAAACAUCGACAAGUACAGAGGCACCUACCACAGCGACAAAAACUACAUCAGCUCCCACACCAGCAGCAAUAGAAACAACAACUACUGGCAGCACGAGUGCACCAACAACUGAAGCUACAACCGGCUCAACAACAAUAGCACCUACUACCAUCGAUGCCACUGUAUCAUCUCCAAGUACGGAGGCAGCAAUAACGAUAAUAAGCACAACGUCAGCCACCACAUCAACGACAACAAGAACUGCCUCCACUACAAAACCAACUGCAACCAGUGAAACAACUGAAACGUCUUCCACGUCCAUUCAAACCUCUACCAGUUUACAGGGAUCAAGCUCAGCAGCAACAGUGACCUCCAGUGAAGCACCUAACCCUAUAACAGAUAUAGUGGAACCCCCGAUAGUACCAGUUACGGUAAUAAUAAUUGAAAAAGAUCGGAUGAAACUAUUUAACGUCACCUUCAAUGUGUUCAAACUGCCAUUCACACCAAGUCUCCAAAAUCUCAGUUCCCCAUUGUACAUCAUCGAAUCAGCGAACAUUAUUAAUGAGCUGAAUAAUCUGUUUGCGAAUAGCAGUGUAAAUUCAACAUUUUUAAGGUGUCAGUCUGCAUCUUUCCGUCCAGCAAGUGAUGGCAAUACUACAGUGGAGGCAAUCUGUGUCUUCAAAUUCCUUAUUUCAAGCCAACCAGUUGAUGAAGUUCAGAUUUACCAUGCAUUUCAGAACGACACAGAAGACAUCACCACUUUGGGAUCAUAUUCAUUGGAUAACAACAGCCUAUUUGUGAAUGGUUACCAUGAACCAAGACCUACAACCACGAUAUCACCAAUGCAGACCACAACUCCAAUUUUGCAAACAAAUCCCCUUGAUUUUAACGUGACCUUCGUUGUAACAAACUUGACCUCAGCAGCAGAUUUACAAGAUCCCAAUUCAGCAUUGUUCAACUCUACAGCAAGUGUUAUUGUUUUGCAGCUGAACCAACUGUUUCGCAGCAGUAAUGUUAACAAAACCUUCUCCAGCUGCAGAGUUAUCUCAUUCAGCCCCGCAGCUGCACAAGGCACCAGAGUGACUGCAAACUGCACCUUCGCAAUUGACUCUGAUCCCCAGGAUGUUAACAGGGUUAAUUUGUACCGUGUGUUCAGAGACCUGUCUAAUAACAUCACCACUCUAGGACCAUAUUCUCUGGAUAGUAACAGCCUCUACGUGAACGGUUACAAUGAACCAUCACCUACAACCACGAUAUCACCAAUACAGACCACAACUCCAAAUUUGCAAGCAAAUCCCCUUGAUUUUAACGUGACCUUCGUUGUAACAAACUUGACCUCAGCAGCAGAUUUACAAGAUCCCAAUUCAGCAUUGUUCAACUCUACAGCAAGUGUUAUUGCUUUGCAGCUGAACCAACUGUUUCGCAGCAGUAAUGUUAACAAAACCUUCUUCAGCUGCAGAGUUCUCUCAUUCAGCCCCGCAGCUGCACAAGGCACCAGAGUGACUGCAAACUGCACCUUCGCAAUUGACUCUGAUCCCCAGGAUGUUAACAGGGUUAAUUUGUACCGUGUGUUCAGAGACCUGUCUAAUAACAUCACCACUCUAGGACCAUAUUCUCUGGAUAGUAACAGCCUCUACGUGAACGGUUACAAUGAACCAUCACCUACAACCACGAUAUCACCAAUACAGACCACAACUCCAAAUUUUCAAGCAAAUCCCCUUGAUUUUAACGUGACCUUCGUUGAAACAAACUUGACCUCAGCAGCAGAUUUACAAGAUCCCAAUUCAGCAUUGUUCAACUCUACAGCAAGUGUUAUUGUUUUGCAGCUGAACCAACUGUUUCGCAGCAGUAAUGUUAACAAAACCUUCUUCAGCUGCAGAGUUCUCUCAUUCAGCCCCGCAGCUGCACAAGGCACCAGAGUGACUGCAAACUGCACCUUCGCAAUUGACUCUGAUCCCCAGGAUGUUAACAGGGUUAAUUUGUACCGUGUGUUCAGAGACCUGUCUAAUAACAUCACCACUCUAGGACCAUAUUCUCUGGAUAGUAACAGCCUCUACGUGAACGGUUACAAUGAACCAUCACCUACAACCACGAUAUCACCAAUACAGACCACAACUCCAAAUUUGCAAACAAAUCCCCUUGAUUUUAACGUGACCUUCGUUGUAACAAACUUGACCUCAGCAGCAGAUUUACAAGAUCCCAAUUCAGCAUUGUUCAACUCUACAGCAAGUGUUAUUGUUUUGCAGCUGAACCAACUGUUUCGCAGCAGUAAUGUUAACAAAACCUUCUUCAGCUGCAGAGUUCUCUCAUUCAGCCCCGCAGCUGCACAAGGCACCAGAGUGACUGCAAACUGCACCUUCGCAAUUGACUCUGAUCCCCAGGAUGUUAACAGGGUUAAUUUGUACCGUGUGUUCAGAGACCUGUCUAAUAACAUCACCACUCUAGGACCAUAUUCUCUGGAUAGUAACAGCCUCUACGUGAACGGUUACAAUGAACCAUCACCUACAACCACGAUAUCACCAAUACAGACCACAACUCCAAAUUUGCAAACAAAUCCCCUUGAUUUUAACGUGACCUUCGUUGUAACAAACUUGACCUCAGCAGCAGAUUUACAAGAUCCCAAUUCAGCAUUGUUCAACUCUACAGCAAGUGUUAUUGUUUUGCAGCUGAACCAACUGUUUCGCAGCAGUAAUGUUAACAAAACCUUCUUCAGCUGCAGAGUUCUCUCAUUCAGCCCCGCAGCUGCACAAGGCACCAGAGUGACUGCAAACUGCACCUUCGCAAUUGACUCUGAUCCCCAGGAUGUUAACAGGGUUAAUUUGUACCGUGUGUUCAGAGACCUGUCUAAUAACAUCACCACUCUAGGACCAUAUUCUCUGGAUAGUAACAGCCUCUACGUGAACGGUUACAAUGAACCAUCACCUACAACCACGAUAUCACCAAUACAGACCACAACUCCAAAUUUGCAAACAAAUCCCCUUGAUUUUAACGUGACCUUCGUUGUAACAAACUUGACCUCAGCAGCAGAUUUACAAGAUCCCAAUUCAGCAUUGUUCAACUCUACAGCAAGUGUUAUUGUUUUGCAGCUGAACCAACUGUUUCGCAGCAGUAAUGUUAACAAAACCUUCUUCAGCUGCAGAGUUCUCUCAUUCAGCCCCGCAGCUGCACAAGGCACCAGAGUGACUGCAAACUGCACCUUCGCAAUUGACUCUGAUCCCCAGGAUGUUAACAGGGUUAAUUUGCACCGUGUGUUCAGAGACCUGUCUAAUAACAUCACCACUCUAGGACCAUAUUCUCUGGAUAGUAACAGCCUCUACGUGAACGGUUACAAUGAACCAUCACCUACAACCACGAUAUCACCAAUACAGACCACAACUCCAAAUUUGCAAACAAAUCCCCUUGAUUUUAACGUGACCUUCGUUGUAACAAACUUGACCUCAGCAGCAGAUUUACAAGAUCCCAAUUCAGCAUUGUUCAACUCUACAGCAAGUGUUAUUGUUUUGCAGCUGAACCAACUGUUUCGCAGCAGUAAUGUUAACAAAACCUUCUUCAGCUGCAGAGUUCUCUCAUUCAGCCCCGCAGCUGCACAAGGCACCAGAGUGACUGCAAACUGCACCUUCGCAAUUGACUCUGAUCCCCAGGAUGUUAACAGGGUUAAUUUGUACCGUGUGUUCAGAGACCUGUCUAAUAACAUCACCACUCUAGGACCAUAUUCUCUGGAUAGUAACAGCCUCUACGUGAACGGUUACAAUGAACCAUCACCUACAACCACGAUAUCACCAAUACAGACCACAACUCCAAAUUUGCAAACAAAUCCCCUUGAUUUUAACGUGACCUUCGUUGUAACAAACCUGACCUCAGCAGCAGAUUUACAAGAUCCCAAUUCAGCAUUGUUCAACUCUACAGCAAGUGUUAUUGUUUUGCAGCUGAACCAACUGUUUCGCAGCAGUAAUGUUAACAAAACCUUCUUCAGCUGCAGAGUUCUCUCAUUCAGCCCCGCAGCUGCACAAGGCACCAGAGUGACUGCAAACUGCACCUUCGCAAUUGACUCUGAUCCCCAGGAUGUUAACAGGGUUAAUUUGUACCGUGUGUUCAGAGACCUGUCUAAUAACAUCACCACUCUAGGACCAUAUUCUCUGGAGAGUAACAGCCUCUACGUGAACGGUUACAAUGAACCAUCACCUACAACCACGAUAUCACCAAUACAGACCACAACUCCAAAUUUGCAAACAAAUCCCCUUGAUUUUAACGUGACCUUCGUUGUAACAAACCUGACCUCAGCAGCAGAUUUACAAGAUCCCAAUUCAGCAUUGUUCAACUCUACAGCAAGUGUUAUUGUUUUGCAGCUGAACCAACUGUUUCGCAGCAGUAAUGUUAACAAAACCUUCUUCAGCUGCAGAGUUCUCUCAUUCAGCCCCGCAGCUGCACAAGGCACCAGAGUGACUGCAAACUGCACCUUCGCAAUUGACUCUGAUCCCCAGGAUGUUAACAGGGUUAAUUUGUACCGUGUGUUCAGAGACCUGUCUAAUAACAUCACCACUCUAGGACCAUAUUCUCUGGAUAGUAACAGCCUCUACGUGAACGGUUACAAUGAACCAUCACCUACAACCACGAUAUCACCAAUACAGACCACAACUCCAAAUUUGCAAACAAAUCCCCUUGAUUUUAACGUGACCUUCGUUGUAACAAACCUGACCUCAGCAGCAGAUUUACAAGAUCCCAAUUCAGCAUUGUUCAACUCUACAGCAAGUGUUAUUGUUUUGCAGCUGAACCAACUGUUUCGCAGCAGUAAUGUUAACAAAACCUUCUUCAGCUGCAGAGUUCUCUCAUUCAGCCCCGCAGCUGCACAAGGCACCAGAGUGACUGCAAACUGCACCUUCGCAAUUGACUCUGAUCCCCAGGAUGUUAACAGGGUUAAUUUGUACCGUGUGUUCAGAGACCUGUCUAAUAACAUCACCACUCUAGGACCAUAUUCUCUGGAGAGUAACAGCCUCUACGUGAACGGUUACAAUGAACCAUCACCUACAACCACGAUAUCACCAAUACAGACCACAACUCCAAAUUUGCAAACAAAUCCCCUUGAUUUUAACGUGACCUUCGUUGUAACAAACCUGACCUCAGCAGCAGAUUUACAAGAUCCCAAUUCAGCAUUGUUCAACUCUACAGCAAGUGUUAUUGUUUUGCAGCUGAACCAACUGUUUCGCAGCAGUAAUGUUAACAAAACCUUCUUCAGCUGCAGAGUUCUCUCAUUCAGCCCCGCAGCUGCACAAGGCACCAGAGUGACUGCAAACUGCACCUUCGCAAUUGACUCUGAUCCCCAGGAUGUUAACAGGGUUAAUUUGUACCGUGUGUUCAGAGACCUGUCUAAUAACAUCACCACUCUAGGACCAUAUUCUCUGGAUAGUAACAGCCUCUACGUGAACGGUUACAAUGAACCAUCACCUACAACCACGAUUGCACCAAUACAGACCACAACUCCAAAUUUGCAAACAAAUCCCCUUGAUUUUAACGUGACCUUCGUUGUAACAAACCUGACCUCAGCAGCAGAUUUACAAGAUCCCAAUUCAGCAUUGUUCAACUCUACAGCAAGUGUUAUUGUUUUGCAGCUGAACCAACUGUUUCGCAGCAGUAAUGUUAACAAAACCUUCUUCAGCUGCAGAGUUCUCUCAUUCAGCCCCGCAGCUGCACAAGGCACCAGAGUGACUGCAAACUGCACCUUCGCAAUUGACUCUGAUCCCCAGGAUGUUAACAGGGUUAAUUUGUACCGUGUGUUCAGAGACCUGUCUAAUAACAUCACCACUCUAGGACCAUAUUCUCUGGAUAGUAACAGCCUCUACGUGAACGGUUACAAUGAACCAUCACCUACAACCACGAUAUCACCAAUACAGACCACAACUCCAAAUUUGCAAACAAAUCCCCUUGAUUUUAACGUGACCUUCGUUGUAACAAACUUGAUCUCAGCAGCAGAUUUACAAGAUCCCAAUUCAGCAUUGUUCAACUCUACAGCAAGUGUUAUUGUUCUGCAGCUGAACCAACUGUUUAGCAGCAGUAAUGUCAACAAAACCUUCUCUAGCUGCAGAGUUCUCUCAUUCAGCCCCUCAGCUGGACAAGGCACAAGAGUGCAUGCAAACUGCACCUUCACAAGUGAUUCUGAUCCCCUGGAUGUUAACAGGGUUAGAUUGUACCGUGUGUUCAGAGACCUGUCUAAUGACAUCACCGCUUUAGGAUCAUAUUUAUUGGACAGCAACAGCCUCUAUGUGAACGGUUACCACGAAUCACCUGCAACCUUGGAACCACCCAUAGUACCAGUUACGGUUAAACCAGUUGAUGAAAUGAAGAGAAAACUAUUUAACGUCACCUUCAAUGUGCUCACACUGCCAUUCACACCAAGUCUACAAAAUAUCAGUUCCCCAGCCUAUGUCAUUGAAUCUGUAUUCAUUGUUGAUCAGCUGAAUAGUCUGUUUGCCAAUAGCAGGGUAAACUCAACAUUUUCAAGAUGUCAGUCUGUAACUUUCCGACCUACAAGUGACGGUAAUACUACAGUGGAGGCAAUCUGUAUCUUCAAAAUCCUAACUUCAGCCCAAGUUGAUGAAGUUCAAAUUUACCAUGAAUUUCAGAACAAAACAGAAGACAUCACUACCUUGGGAUCAUAUUCAUUGGACACCAACAGCCUGUUUGUGAAUGGUUACCAUGAGUCAGCAGCUUUAACCACAAUAUCACCAAUACAGACCACAACUCCAAAUCUGACAACAAAUCCCUUUGAUUUUAACGUGACCUUCGUUGCAACUAACUUGGCCUCAGUAGCAGAUUUACAAGAUCCCAAUUCAGCAUUAUUCAAUUCUGCAGCAAGUGUUAUUGUUUUGCAGCUGAACCAACUGUUUAGCAGCAGUAAUGUCAACAAAACCUUCUCUAGCUGCAGAGUUCUCUCAUUCAGCCCUGAAAAUGUACAGGACACCAGAGUGUUUGCAAACUGCACUUUCACAAAUGAAUCUGAUCCUCUGGAGGUUAAUAGGGUUAGAGUGUACCGUGUGUUCAGAAACAACACGAUGGGCAUCACCGUCUUCGGAGCGUAUUUAUUGGAUCCCAAUAGCCUCUUCGUGAAUGAUUACAACGAAGCAACAUCAAUACCAUCAACCACGGUGCCACCAACUCCGGCAACUAAUCCCUUUGAGUUUAAUGUGACCUUUGUUAUAACUAACUUGGCAUCAACAGCAAAUUUACAAGAUCCCAAUUCUCCGUUAUACACAUCUGCAGCAAAGAUUGUUGUUUUCCAGCUGGACAACUUGUUUAAUAAAAGCAAUAUCAAAAAUUCAUUCUCAAGCUGUAAAGUUAUUUCUCUCAGUAUUGCAAAUAUACAGGACACCAGAGUGCAUGCAAACUGCACUUUCAGAAAUGACUCUGAUCCUCAGCAAGUUAACCGGGAUACUGUGUACCAUGUGUUCAGAAACAACACAAAGGAAAUCACCUUGUUUGGAGUGUAUACACUCGACAGGAACAGCCUCUAUGUGAAUGAUUUCCACAUAGAAUCAUCAUCAAUACCAUCAACCACAAUGCCUCCUCCUAAGGCGUCAAAUCCCUUUGAUUUUAAUGUGACCUUUGUUAUAACUAACUUGGCAUCAACAGCAAAUUUACAAGAUUCCAAUUCACCAUUGUACAAAUCUGCAGCAAGUAUUAUUGUUUUCCAGCUGGAAAAAUUGUUUCCCAAAAGCAAUAUCAAAAAAUCAUUCUCAAGCUGUAGAGUUAUUUCUUUCAGCACUACAAAUAUACAGGACACCAGAGUGCAAGCAAACUGCAUUUUCAAGAAUGACUCUGAUCCUCAGGAAGUUAACAAGGUUACUGUGUACCAUGAAUUCAGAGACAAUACGAAUGGCAUCUCCAAGUUAGGAGCAUAUAAACUCGACAGCAACAGCCUCUACGUGAAUGAUUAUCAUGAAUUAGCACCUUCACCCACAGUGGCACCAAUUCCGAUCAAAAACCCCUUUGAUUUUAACGUGACCUUCACUAUAACCAACUUGGCCUCAACAGCAAGUUUACAAGAUCCCAAUUCACCAUUGUACAAAUCUGCAACAGAAAUUGUUGCUUUGCAGCUGAACACAUUGUUUAACAGAGGCAAUGUCAAAAAAUCAUUCUCAAGCUGCAAAGUUCUCUCCCUCAGCCCAGAAAAUAUACAGGACACCAGAGUGUAUGCCAACUGCAUUUUCGGAAAUGACUCUGAUCCUCAGAAAGUUAACAAGGUUAAUGUGUACCGUGUGUUCAGUCGCAAGACGGGCAGCAUCUCUACCUUAGGGGCUUAUUUACUGGACAGUAACAGCCUCUUCGUGAAUGAUUACCAUGAAUCCACUUCUAUAACCACAAUGGCACCCAUUCCGACAAUAAACCCCUUUGAUUUUAAUGUGACCUUCACUGUAACUAACUUGGCCGCAACAACAAGUUUACAAGAUCCCAAUUCACCGUUGUACAAAUCUGCAACAGAAAUUGUUGCUUUGCAGCUGAACACACUGUUUGCUGCCAGUAAGCUCAAAAAGACAUUCUCCAGCUGCAACGUUCUCUCAUUCAGCCCAGAAAAUAUACAGGACACCAGAGUGUAUGCCAACUGCACUUUCAGAAAUGACUCUGAUCCUCAGGAAGUUAACAAAAUUAAUGUGUACCGUGUGUUCAGUGGCAGGACGGGCACCAUCUCCACCUUAGGGGCUUAUUUACUGGACAGAAACAGCCUCUUUGUGAAUGGUUACAAUGAACCCACAGCCUCACCCACGCCUCCUCCAGCUCAGCCCACAAAGCCCUUUGAUUUUAAUGUGACUUUUGUUAUAACUAGCUUGCCCCCAACAGCAACUCUACUAAAUCCUAAUUCAGCAUUGCACAAAUCUGCAACACGUAUUGUUGCUUUGCAGCUGAAGAGACUGUUUGAAAGCAGUAAAAUCAAAAAAUCAUUCAAAAGCUGCAACGUUCUCUCUUUCAGUUCAGCAAAUGUACAGGAUUCCAGGGUGCAUGCAAACUGCAUAUUCAGAAAUGAUUCUGAUCCUCUGGAAGUUAACAAGGUUACUGCAUACGGUGUGUUCAAAGAACAGACGAAUGGCAUCACAUCUUUGAAAACAUAUUCAUUGGACAGUAGCAGUCUCUACGUGAAUGGUUACACUGAAGGAUCUGUACCAGACACUCAACCGAAUGGCGGAUCAGGGCGCUUGAAUUUUAAUGUCACAUUUACUAUAACAAGUUUGAAAGUCAAUCAAAAUGGACAAAAUACCAAUACUCCAAACAACAUUAUCCAAUUGCUUAACACCUUGUACCGCCAAAGCAAACUAGCAGGAGCAUUCUCAAACUGUCACAGCCCAGAUUUCAGUCCCAGAGACACAGGCACUUCUAGAAUUGAAGUCAUUUGUUCUUUCAAAAAUGAUCCAACUAUUGAUAAAGUUGAUGUCUACAAUGAAUUCAGGGAUAACACUGGGAAAAUCACUGCACUGGGACAAUUUUCAUUGAACGAAACUAGCCUCUAUGUAAAUGGUUAUCAAGAAGUGAAGCCAACUGCAGAAACAACUGUACCUGGACUUGCAGGCAGAGAAAUUAACUUGCGAUUUGAAAUUAAUUUCACAAUAAUAAACAGAAAUUUAACUGCAGCACUUAAUGAUCCAAAUUCCCCUGAAUAUAAAAGCCUAGUUGCCAAUAUUACUGCAAUGCUCACAGCAUUGUACCAAAACAGCUUGCUUAAGGACAAUUACCGCAUCUGUCAAGUUACAGGACUGAGAAUUGGAUCAAUUAUAUGCAUUUGCGAGUGCUUCUUUGACCCAACUGCUACCAAUGAGUCAGUGACAGCAGACAAAGUGAAAACAGAAUUUGCCACUGGAACAAAUGGUACAAACCUCCUCGGAAAUACCUUCCUGCUGCAAAUGGGCAGUUUGUCAGUGGGGGCUGAACCGCCUGUCUCUCCUGCUAACACAGAAAUACCAUUUUGGGCAAUCAUAAUUAUCGUGGUGGGCAUACUGGCCAUUCUAUUUCUCAUUUCUCUCGGCAGCUUGUUGACACUGCUUUAUUUGAAAAAGGAGAAACGUGGAUCCUAUGACACAAUGCAAAAUCGUGCUGGAUUAUACUUUACACAUCAGAGAUUCCAAUAAGAAACAUUAAAGAUAAAUAGCAACCAAGUCAAUAAUAAUGGAAUUUAAGCGGAAGAAAGCACACCAGUGUGAUUACAUAGUUAUAUUUAAUUAAAUUAAAACUUGAAAAUUGUGAAUGUAAAAUGAAUGCAAUGCAGUAGAACACAUUCUCUGAGUUAUGUAGAUGUGAAGAAGGGCUUGUCUGUAAAAUCAAAUGAUUGAGAUGUUGUUGUAGUGUAAAGUGGCAGGCUUUCCUGCAUGAUUUGGACUCGCCGUGUACUUUGAAAGGUGCAUACAUCAGAAGACCUGACUACUACAGACAAUGAAGGCAACCUUCCUGGAAAGGACAUAUUUUGGCAAAAGGUUCCUCACACUUCUGACAAAUCAAGCAUGGACAUUAUAACUGUGACUGUGACGAGCCCCUUGAAACCUGGCCAAGAAGGGGAAUAGCUCUCAAGACAGGGUAAUACCCUUCUAAGUGACAAAAGUACAGACUGCAAGUGGGGCUCAGAGCAAAGAUGCAUGCAUUUUGCCACAGUGGCAAUUAAAGUAUUUAACUAAGCAUUAUUUUUAGAUUCCUCUGAAGCUAUGAUGAUUGCCCUUCAAAUAUUCUGUAACGUAUCGAUAUAUUUUAUAAUUCAGAUUUGUCUGAAAUUGGCAAUUCAUUUUGUGCUGCUGAUUGAUUGACUGUUUUAGCUACCUGUAUAACAGAGAAGUAUCAAUUUUACUUAACACUAAUUGUUCAGUUCUCUUUCUCCUUAAGAUAUAUUCAAACAAAAGAUUAUAAUUAAAAAUUGCCUACAUUUUGUGAGGAUAAAACUCUCCUUUCUGUAUUUUAUAGAAGGGAUAAAUACAUUCCACUUCAUGACAGAAUGCUCAGGCAAAGAUUAUGUCAAGUGAAAUGCAAUGAUAAAUUAUAAACAGAUUAAAGUUUGUAAGUUUUGAGUGUUUCUCUAAGUGCAUUAUUUGCACUCAUGUUUCAUUUACAGUCAGACAUUUUGGAUAGAAAUUUAACUGUUUUAACUCCGUUUCUGGAAAAAUAAAUCAAUGGAUACAAAUUUUCAAAGCACUGUACAACAUGUAUUCUCCAGUUUAUUGCAUAAAAGCAGGUAUAAAUUUCUCCAUAUUGUCUCAAAUUAUAAUGACCUAUAAUCUAUUUUAACAAAUCUUUUGGAAAUGCACUUUGAUCGUAAUGUUAUUGUUGUGUUUAUGAUAGAAACAUUAUAUAUUUCUAAAAGUAAGCUAUUUUGAAAUAAUUUAGAUAUGAGUAUUUAUCAAAAUAUUAUUUUUCUGGGCCUAUUUUCCUUGUCAUAUAAUAAACAGCAAGAAUAAAGUAAA